AAAGCUAUGUGUAACCCUUUGAAGCACGGCUCGCUGGAGGACUGGACUGUGUGUUGCAGGAAGGCAAAAGAGUAAAAUAAUGAUGGUGCAGGAGUGAGGCUUGCAUGGUGGAGGGCUUGUGGAAGAAACACCGUUACAAUGAGUGGUGGUCUUGCUCCCAGUAAGAGUACUGUGUAUGUAUCUAAUCUGCCAUUCUCUCUCACCAACAAUGACCUACACAGGAUAUUUUCUAAGUAUGGAAAUGUAGUAAAAGUCACCAUUGUGAAAGACAAAGAAACCCGGAGAAGUAAAGGAGUUGCAUUUGUCUUAUUUUUAGAUAAGGAAGGUGCACAAAACUGUUCUAGGGCAUUAAACAAUAAACAGCUGUUUGGCAGAGUACUGAAGGCAAGCAUUGCUGUAGACAAUGGCAGAGCGACAGAGUUCAUCCGGAGGCGAAAUUACACUGACAAGUCCAGAUGUUAUGAAUGUGGGGAUACAGGUCACUUGAGCUAUGCAUGUCCCAAAAACAUGCUAGGUGAUCGUGAGCCUCCGCCGAAGAAAGAAAAAAAGGGGAAACGGAAAAAAGAAGUUGAAGUGGAAGAACUACCUGAAGAGGAUCAGAGUGAGGAAGAAGGUGAAGAUCCAGCUCUUGACAGCCUUAGUCAAGCAAUAGCUUUCCAGCAAGCAAAAAUAGAAGAAGAAACAAAGAAAUACAGACAGACCAAAGGGGAUGCCACUACAUCUGAAGAUUCAAGAAAACCAAGAAUAAAAAAGAGUGCAUACUUCAGUGAUGAGGAAGAACUGAGUGACUGAAUUGGUGUACAUUUAUUGUGUAAAUAGUUUUAUAUAUGAAGCUACCAUUGGCAUUAAAUAGGCCUUGUGGAAUAUGACUUUAUUAACAGAAAAGCAGAUUUGUCUACAUUUUACCUGUUUUGUUAUUUAUUAACGGAUGACACUGCUGUCUGCUUUUUAUUUUUUUGGAUGAUAUUGGACAUUUCCAUUGUCAUCUUUAAAACUAAAACCAAUAUCUGGCUCUUGGGUGCAACAUCACACCUUGGUCCGUUUUUUACUUUUUUUUUUUUUUACCCAGUAUUGUAUAAUCCAAAUUUAGAAACAGUAAUAUGGAUUAUAUUAAAGUGUCUGUACAGUAUAUCCCAACAAAGAA